AUGAAAAGUUGUUUUAAUAAUGCAAGAAUAAGCCCGAUAUGGGCUGCUGCUCUUCUCCUGUCGGCUGCGACCCUCAUAGCUGCCUUCCGGGCGCCAGUCGAUGCCUGGCGGGCGCAGCAGCAGCUGCAGCAGCAGCCGUACCACCAUGAAAGGUGGGAAAAUGAUACAGUCUCAGGUGCUGAACUCGCACACGAGAGCGAGAGGAGUUCAAAUAAGUCGCACUUCGCCUCGGCCUUGCAGGUCGCCUCCGCCGGUGAAAAGCACGGAGAGGAAGAGGAACCCUCGGAAGGAUCUGCAACAGAAACCGCUGCCUCUCAUGGAGAGAAGGGAAAACACACAGAAAUGGAGGACAGUAGAACAGCAGAAGAGGCAACAGAGCAGGAAGAACCUGAAGAAUCUGCUCAUCUUGAAGAGGCAGGCAGCAAGACAGAGGAAGCAUCUGCCAAGGAGUCUAACACUGCUGAGGCAGGACAUGCUGCGCUGCAUGCAGCAGAAGCGGAAACAGCCAAAGGCACCCCUUCAGAAGAAGAGAAGGAAGAAGUUCCUCACCCCUCUGCUGCUGGGUCAGUCAAGGAGCCACCAGCAGAGGGCGCAGCAGAAGCCGCCCCUUCUGGGAAAGUUUCUGCAGCCGCUGUCCCCAAGCCAGAACACAAGGAAGAAGCUGCAGCAGCAGCAGGCGGGGCCCCCGCUGCUGCUGCUGCCGUGCCACCAACAGACAAGUUCGUGAUGCAAUUGAACUUCAGGCCGUCUUUAGUAAUAGGUCGGGCAGAAGCAGACAAGACAGAGCGGCAUGUUAUAACGGACAAAGCGGUUCCUUGGUUUGAAAUCAUCGGCCCCAAAACCCUCACGGUUCUUAACCUGAAACCCGUGAAGGGAGAAGAGCUCCUCCACUCAGUUGCCGCCACCACUAAGCACCCCUGA